CUUAUCAAUACCUGCAUUUACAAUGCAAAACACGACAAAAGGGGUAUACAAUAAGGUAGCUCCCAGCACCUUGAGCAUAUGAUAGCCACCAAGUUCAAGCCACCGACGACGCCGACAAAGUUUGUGGUUUGCGGCGCAAAGGGAAAGGCAAAGGCGAUUACGACGACGUGGCUGACUUUCCCAGUUUUUAGUGCUCGUUUAGUUGAUAUAUCGACGUUCGCCAUGCCUCAUCUACUGCGGCAGAACCUGCUGUUGCCCACUCCGCCCACGGUGGUCAUGCACGAUCCUCGCACCCACUUGCGGCACCUGCCCCCCGCCUACAGUCCCGCCCAAACUCCUCUGAGUCGCGAACGGGACUUUGCCCCCCAGGUGCGCUAUCACCUGGAGUCGCCACGUAAGCCCAAGUUUCGUCCCAGCAAGGUCAUAUUUGUGGGCGAUUGUGCCGUGGGCAAGACAGCCAUCGUCAAUCGGUUUUGCUACGACAAGUUUCAGUCGAACUACAAAGCCACCAUUGGCGUGGACUUUGAGUUGGAAAACUUUAGCAUUCUGGGUCACAACUAUAGUCUAGAAAUGUGGGACACAGCUGGUCAAGAGCGGUUUAAAUGUAUAGCUGGAGCUUAUUAUCGCAAUGCAAGUGUGAUAGUGGUAACCUAUGACAUGUCGAAGCGUGACACCCUGGAGUCAGCGAAAAAGUGGCUCCACAGCGCACUUAACUACAAUACCAGUCAAAAACCUCUGAUCUUUUUAGUGGGCACAAAAGCAGAUCUCUUGACGAAGGAGGAGUUUGUACGCAUUGAGCGAGUGGCGGGAGUGGUAGCAGCUGAACUUCAAGCCGAAUACUGGUCCGUCUCAGCGCGUUCUGGUUUCAAGGUCACGGAAUUCUUUCAACGGAUUGCUGGUCUAGCUUUUGAAGAAGCUGUAAAGCUGGAAAUUAAAUCAGUUAACAAUAAACCAAAGGAACAAGCGACUCAGGCAUCAGUUAAAUCGCAAACAUUUGAUUUACGUAGCUUUUUUAGCAGUCGCUUUUCGCCUAAAAAAAAUGGUUGUGCUUGCUAGCCCGGAAAUUUUAUAAUUUCAUAAGUUAUUUUAUAAUUUAAGGUAAACACAAGGCGUUACUUACUUAACUCAAGUAAAAAAAACAUAUUUCAAUUACGUUUAUAUUAAGGUUUACAAAUACAUACAAUUUCAUAAACAUUUGA